AAGACAUAACCUAACUUUUCAAAGGAAUAAUGUGUUAUAAUAAAAUACUUUUUAAAACUAAAUCAAUUAAUUUUAGUACAUUUAAACAGUAUUAUUCGCAACAAAACGUGCGAGUGCGUUUCGCCCCCAGUCCAACAGGUUUCCUUCAUUUAGGAGGAUUACGCACAGCGUUAUAUAACCAUUUGUUUGCUAAAAAACAUCAAGGAAAAUUUAUUUUAAGAAUAGAAGAUACAGACCAAACUAGAAUUGUUGAGGGUGCAUCCGAUCAAUUGUAUAAAGAUUUAAUAUGGGGCGGUAUUGAAAUUGAUGAGGGACCACACACUGGAGGUGAAUUUGGUCCGUAUGUUCAAUCAAAAAGAACUGAUUUAUAUAGAGAACAAAUUGAGAUUUUAUUAAAGAAUGGUUCUGCCUAUCGUUGUUUUUGUACAAAUAAGCGAUUAGAAUUACUGCGAAAGGAGGCGGUAAGAACCAGACAAAUACCAAAAUAUGAUAAUCGAUGUCGACACCUCACAGAAAAUGAAAUUUCCAAAAAGAUAUCUUCUGGAGAAUCUUAUUGUAUUCGAUUUAAACUUUUAAAAGGUUAUGAAAAAUUCAAUGAUUUAAUUUACGGUGACAUUGUUUAUGAUAUAACAUUAAAUGAAGGUGAUCCAAUUGUUAUAAAAUCGGAUGGUUUUCCAACGUAUCAUUUUGCAAAUGUAGUUGAUGAUCACUUAAUGGGUAUUACUCAUGUUUUGAGAGGUGUAGAAUGGCAAAUAUCGACUACAAAACAUUUAUUAAUGUACAGAGCUUUUGGAUGGCGACCACCUUUAUAUGGCCAUUUACCUUUAUUAAUUAACGCGGAUGGGACUAAAUUAAGUAAAAGACAAGGUGAUAUCAAAAUAUCGAGUUACAGAGAAAAUGGGAUUUUACCUCAGGCUUUAAUUAAUUAUAUUACAUGUUCCGGUGGUGGUUUUAAAAAAGAUUUAGAACAAAAUAUUAAACCGAAAUGUUUUACUAUGAAAGAACUUACGGACCAGUUUAAUUUGGAAAAUAUAAAUGUGUCAUCAGGAAAAUUAAUGCCAGAACGAUUAUUGGAAUAUAAUCGUUUAGAAAUUGAAAGAAAACUCAAAAUUCCUGAAGAACAACAAAAAUUAUGCGACAUUUUAAAGAAUUUAAUCAGAGAAACUUUAAUUGAUCAAAAAUCGAAAAUAACGUUACAACUAGAUGAUGAUCAUAUUAAAAAAAUUCUUACAUGGUCUGUAAAUAGAAUAAAUAAAUUAUCUGAUCUUGUAUCGAAAGAUUUAAAUUUUUUGUGGAUAAUUCCAUCGCACGAUGAUCGAAGACGUUUUGAUUCGAAAGAAAUGGAACGAGUUAGUAAAUUACAAUCAAUUUUGAAUGAAAACGAUGAUCGAAGUUUCGUUAAAGAAAAUCUCGAAAUUCUUUUAAAACGAUUUUCUCAAGAUAACGAUUACGACUAUAAGAGAUUUAUGAAAUUGUUACGAACAGUUUUAAGUGGUUUAAAAGAAGGACCUGGAGUUGGGGAAAUGAUGGAAAUUUUAGGCAAGGAAAAUACGUUAAAUAGAAUUGAUAAUUUUUUAAAUCAUAAUAAAAUAAAAUGAUUUAUUU